CCUCUCGCUUGCCGUAGUUGUCAGAGCAGCCCUGCUCCGGCUGAAUGAGAGGAGAUGUGUGCGUCUCUGUGACGGUGCUAACACGUCUCUAAAGAACCAAACAACAUGUCUCUCCAUGGAGGAGGAAGCAGAGGGUUCUACUUCAACACCGUGCUGUCUCUGGCUCGGUCGUUGGCGGCUCACCGACAGGCCCCGUUAGAGAAGGUGCAGAAGCUACAAUGCAUGUGUCCCGUGGACUUCAGAGGAGUCUUCCAGCUGGACGAGAGGAGGAGGGACGCCGUUAUUGCUCUGGGCAUCUUCCUGGUUGAGUCAGAGCUGCAGCACAAAGAUGCUAUCGUCCCGUACCUGCUCGGGCUGCUUAAAGGGCUUCCUAAAGUUCAGUGGAUUGAAGAAAGCUCAGAACGCAAAGGAAGAGAGACCCUCCCUGUGGCUGAGAUCUUCACCUUUGGUCUCGUGACACUCCUCUCAGACGUCGCCCAACGAGAUGAGACCUUACGAGGACAGAUCCUGGAGGCAAUCAUGGACAUCAUGCAGGUCCUGCUAGAUAUCUGCAAGAAUCCAGAGGCUCAUGAUAAAGAAUACCUGUGCAGGUACACCGUGCCCACCCUGCUCGGUGUUGCCCGAGCGUUUGGCCGAUACAGCAACACCGACGAGCCGUUACUGUCCAAGCUCUUCCCUCGACCGGUGGCUUCCGUGCCGCCUACGGCCGAUGAGAGUGACGCGACGCACCGACGGUCCUUCAACGACUUCCGCUCCAUCCUGCCGAGCUCUCUGCUCACCGUGUGUCAGGGAGACACUCUGAGACGAAAGGGAUCCAGUCAACAGGCCAGUCCAGAGAGAGCCUGUCUGACCCCCAUCUCACCUGCUGACCCCUCUGCACAGUACUUUGAAGGCUCGUACCUCCCCGAUGGCAGUGCGGUGGACCCUGACUACUACUUCUCCACCAUCAGCUCCAGCUUCUCCGUCUCCCCUCUCUUCACUGGAAGCAGCGCUGGAGAGUUUCAGGUCCCUCUGGAUAUGCUCAGACAGCUCCUCCACAUGGUCGAACAAUUUGUGUCAGAGUCGUUUUUGAAAUCGCUGGACGAGGCCCUGGCAGAACUUCUAGAGCUGAAUCCUGGUCUUCACCUUUACUACAAAACCUUCAGUGACCCUCUGUAUGUGGCAAUUUUUAAGAUGCUAAGAGACACUUUGUACAAUUUAAAAGACCUACAGACGGACUACGUGAAGGAGGUUCACGACUUCGUGCUGGAGCAGUUCAGCAGCAGUCAGUCGGAGCUGCAGAGGAUCCUGCACGAUGUGGAGUACCUGCAGAGCGAGCUGAGCCCGCUAAAGCUGCGCUGCCAGGCCAACGCCGCCUGCGUGGACCUCAUGGUGUGGGCCGUGACCGAAGAGCAGGGAGCUGAGAACCUCUGCACCAAACUGUCAGAGAAGCUGCAGUCCAAGACGUCCAGUAAGGUCAUCAUCGCUCACAUGCCGCUCCUCAUCUGCUGCUUACAGGGCCUGGGUCGUCUGUGUGAGCGUUUCCCUGUGGUGGCUCACUCUGUCACCAUGUCACUGAGAGACUUCUUGGUGGUUCCGUCUCCGGUUCUGGUGAAGCUGUACAAAUACCACAGCCAGUACUCUUCAGGGGUCGGUGAGAUAAAGAUCCAUGUGACCAACGAACACUCCCAGUCGACCCUCAGUACCAACGCGAACAAGAAGAGCCAGCCGUCCAUGUACGAACAGCUGCGGGACAUCUCCAUCGACAACAUCUGCAGGUGCCUGAAAGCCGGACUGACGAUGGAUAACGUCAUCGUAGAAGCGUUCCUCGCCAGUCUGUCCAACCGUCUCUACAUCUAUCAGGAGAACGAUAAGGAUGCUCACCUGAUCCCGGACCACACCAUCAGGGCUUUGGGUCACAUCGCUGUGGCCCUGCGGGACACCCCCAGAGUGAUGGAGCCCAUCCUCCAGAUCCUCCAGCAGAAGUUCUGCCAGCCGCCCUCCCAGCUGGACGUCCUCAUCGUAGACCAGCUGGGCUGCAUGGUGAUCACAGGCAAUCAAUACAUCUACCAGGAGGUGUGGAAUUUGUUCCAGCAGAUCAGUGUGAAAGCCAGCUCCAUGGUCUACUCUAACAAAGACUACAAGGACCAUGGAUACAGACACUGCUCCUUGGCUGUGAUAAAUGCUCUGGGUAACAUAGCAGCCAACCUGCAGGCUGAGCAGAUGGUGGACGAGCUGCUGGUCAACCUGCUGGAACUUUUUGUCCAGCUGGGUUUGGAGGGGAAGAGAGCCAGUGAGAGAGCCCCAGACAAAGGCCCGGCUCUGAAGGCGUCAAGCAGUGCUGGAAACCUCGGUGUCCUAGUUCCAGUCAUUGCAGUGCUGACUAAGAGGUUGCCACCAAUAAAAGAAGCGAAGCCACGUCUACAGAAACUCUUCAGGGACUUCUGGCUCUACUCUGUGGUCAUGGGAUUCGCCGUGGAGGGCUCAGGUCUGUGGCCGGAGGAAUGGUACGAGGGAGUUUGUGAGAUUGCGACCAAAUCUCCGCUGCUCACGUUUCCCAGCGGGGAACCUUUACGCUCAGAGCUGCAGUACAACUCUGCCCUGAAGAAUGACACUGUCACGCCGGCUGAGCUGAACGAUCUGCGUAGCACCAUCAUCAACCUGCUGGAUCCUCCUCCUGAGGUGGCUGCUCUCAUCAACAAGCUGGACUUUGCCAUGUCCACAUAUUUGCUGUCUGUUUACAGAUUGGAGUACAUGAGGAUGCUGCGUGCUCUGGACUCGGACCGCUUUCAGGUCAUGUUUCGGUACGCUGAAGACAGAGCGAUACAGAAGGAUAAAUCUGGCAUGAUGCAGUGUGUCAUUGCCGUUAGCGACAAGGUCUUUGAAGUCUUCCUGCAUAUGAUGGCUGAAAAGCCGAAAACCAAAGCCCAUGAGGAGGAGCUGGAACGCCACGCUCAGUUCCUCUUGGUCAACUUCAACCACAUCCACAAGAGGAUCCGCAGAGUGGCUGACAAAUAUUUAUCUGGCCUGGCUGAAACUUUCCCCCACUUGUUAUGGAGUGGUCGUGUGCUGAGGACCAUGCUGGACAUCCUGCAGACGCUUUCCCUCUCACUCAGUGCAGACAUUCAUAAAGACCAACCUUACUACGACAUUCCAGACACGCCGCACAGAAUUACUGUUCCAGAUACAUAUGAAGCCAGAGAGAGCAUAGUAAAGGAUUUUGCUGCACGUUGUGGGGAGAUUCUAAAAGAGGCGAUGAAGUGGGCGCCAUCUGUGACCAAAUCCCACCUCCAGGAGUAUCUGAACAAACAUCAGAACUGGGUGUCAGGUCUUUCCCAGCACACCGGCCUGGCCAUGGCCACAGAAAGCAUCCUGCACUUCGCCGGUUACAACAGACAGAGCACAACACUGGGGUCUACUCAGCUGACUGAGAGGCCCACCUGUGUGAAGAAGGACUACUCUAACUUCAUGGCCUCCCUCAACCUCAGGAACAGAUACGCUGGAGAGGUGUCGGGUAUGAUCCACUUCGCCCAGGCAGUUAAAGGAAACUCCGAUCUGAGCCGGCUGAUGAUCAAGCAGAUGGGGGAGGCUUUAGACUCGGCGCAGCCUGAGACCUUCACGGAGGCCAUGUUCAAACUGGCCGCCUUGCUCAUCAGCUCCAAAGAAUGCGAUCCUCAGCUCCUGCACCACCUCUGCUGGUCUCCUCUCAAGAUGUUUACAGCACACGGCAUGGAAACGGCCAUCGCUUGUUGGGAGUGGCUGCUGGCAGCUCGUGUUGGAGUGGAAGUACCGUUCAUGCGUGAGAUGGCGGGAGCGUGGCAGAUGACCGUGGAGCUUAAGAUGGGCUUGUUCUCCGACGCCAAGGUGGAGGCCGACCCUCUGGCUGCAUCAGAGGAGAGCCAGCCGAUCCCCUGCCCUCCAGAUGUUACCCCCCACCAAAUAUGGAUCGAGUUUCUAGUCCAGAGGUUUGAGAUAGCAAAGUAUUCCAGCGCAGAUCAAGUGGAGAUCUUUGGCAGUUUGCUGCAACGCUCGCUGUCUCUGAACGUCGGGGGGGCGAAGAGUAGCCUCAACCGCCACGUAGCGGCCAUUGGUCCUCGUUUCAGGCUGCUGACUCUGGGUCUGUCUCUGCUGCACUCUGACGUCCUCACCAAUUCAACUGUAAGAAAUGUUCUCCGAGAGAAGAUUUAUUCUACAGCCUUUGACUACUUCAGCGCUCCUCCAAAGUUUCCCACCCAAGGUGACAAGCAUCUCCGCGAGGACAUCAGCAUCAUCAUCCGUUUCUACGCCAGCAUCCUGUCCGACAAGAAGUACCUGGCAGCGUGCCACCUGGUCCCCCCCGAUAACCAGGACCCGUCCCUGAACAGUCUGUCCGUGAUGAACGCCGCCGACCUCCGGAGCAGCAUGGACUCCAGCGCUCGGUCCCAGCAGAGCGGCCAGGGAUGGAUCAACACCUACCCGCUGUCCAGUGGCAUGUCCACCACGUCCAAGAAAUCAGGGACGUCCAAGAAGAGUAACAGAGGGACGCAGCUUCACAAGUACUACAUGAAACGCAGGACUCUGUUGCUGGCCUUACUGGCCAGCGAGAUCGAACGCUUGACAACGUGGUACAACCCGCUCUCCACCCAGGAGCUGACCAUCGCCACGGAGCAGUCGGUGGAGACCAGCAUCGCCAACUGGAGGUCCAAAUACAUCAGUCUGACGGAGAAACAGUGGAAGGACAACGUCAACCUGGCCUGGGGCAUCGCACCCUACCUGGCUAUGCAGCUGCCAACCAGGUUUAAGAAUGAUGCCAUUGUUGCUGAAGUGACCCGUCUGGUGAGGCUGGACCCCGGAGCCGUCAGCGAUGUACCUGAGGCCGUCAAGUUCCUGGUGACGUGGCACACUAUCGACGCCGACUCUCCUGAGCUGAGCCACAUCCUGUGUUGGGCUCCGGCCGACCCGCCCACCGGUCUGUCCUACUUCAGCAGCAUGUACCCUCCUCAUCCUCUCACUGCUCAGUACGGGGUCAAAGUGCUGCGCUCCUUUCCUCCAGAUGCCAUCUUGUUCUACAUUCCUCAGAUUGUUCAGGCUCUGCGUUACGAUAAGAUGGGUUACGUGAGGGAGUACAUCCUGUGGGCGGCCCAGAAGUCUCAGCUUCUCGCCCACCAGUUCAUCUGGAACAUGAAGACCAACAUCUUCAUGGACGAGGAGGGACACCAGAAAGACCCCGACAUCGGGGAGCUGCUGGAGCAGAUGGUGGAGGAGAUCACGGGUUCUCUGUCGGGUCCGGCCAAAGACUUCUACCAGAGAGAGUUUGACUUCUUCAACAAGAUCACCAACGUGUCCGCCAUUCUCAAGCCAGUUCCAAAGGGCGAGGAGAGGAAACGGGCCUGUCUCAAAGCUCUGUCCGACAUCAAAGUUCAGCCAGGCUGUUACCUGCCGAGUAACCCUGAAGCCAUCGUGUUGGACAUCGACUACAAGUCUGGAACACCCAUGCAGAGCGCCGCCAAGGCUCCCUACCUGGCCAAGUUCAAGGUGAAGCGCUGCGGGGUGAGCGAGCUGGAGAGGGAGGGUCUCCGCUGCCCGUCGGACUCUCUGGAGGACGGGGAGGACAAUCCGGACGGAGCUCGCAGGAUUUGCUGGCAGGCGGCCAUCUUUAAAGUGGGAGACGACUGCAGACAGGACAUGCUCGCUCUGCAGAUCAUUGGGCUCUUUAAGAAUAUUUUCCAGCUGGUGGGCCUGGACCUGUUUGUCUUCCCCUACAGAGUGGUGGCCACCGCACCAGGGUGUGGAGUGAUCGAGUGCAUCCCAGACUGCAAAUCCAGAGACCAACUGGGCCGACAGACGGACUUCGGGAUGUACGAUUACUUCCGCAACCAGUACGGAGACGAAUCCACCCUCGCCUUCCAGAAGGCUCGGUAUAACUUCAUCCGCAGCAUGGCCGCCUACAGCCUGCUGCUGUUCCUGCUGCAGAUCAAAGACAGACACAACGGCAACAUCAUGCUGGACAGCAAGGGACACCUCAUCCACAUAGACUUUGGCUUCAUGUUUGAGAGCUCUCCUGGAGGAAACCUGGGCUGGGAGCCGGACAUCAAGCUGACGGACGAGAUGGUGAUGAUCAUGGGAGGAAAGAUGGAGGCCACGCCUUUCAAGUGGUUCAUGGAGAUGUGCGUCAGAGGAUAUCUGGCUGUACGACCGUACAUGGACGCCGUGGUUUCUCUAGUGACCCUCAUGCUGGACACCGGGCUGCCGUGCUUCAGAGGACAAACCAUCAAACUCCUCAAAGGGCGGUUUAAUCCUCACAUGAGUGAGAAAGAAGCAGCAGCUUUCAUCAUCAAAGUCAUCCAAAGCUGUUUCCUCAGCAGCAGGAGCAAAACGUACGACAUGCUGCAGUAUUACCAGAACCAAAUUCCCUACUGAGAAGUCUUCUACCGGACCUCCACUGUACGUCCAAGACCAAACGACUCCACACGAAGCAAUGCAAAACCUUCUUUUGGAUGAUUUGAACAGGCAGUGGGUGGUGCAUCCUACCCGUCCUGUAACAACGAGGCACUUUGAUUCCAAAUGCUCCACUUUUAUUCCGCAUUACUGUAAGUCGUCAGAUUUUUAUAAUGUACUCCUUCGUUUGAAAAAUACGUCUUUAAUUAUGAAAGAACAACGAACGACUUUUACCAAAGGAGGUAUUUGAAUCACCCUUUAAGUAUUUUCUCCUUGAUGCUGUUGUUUGUUACACUAACGAGAGGACGAUAAGAGGAGCCAUAUUUACCAGAAGUUGUUUUAUCAUCGUUAUUGUUCUGUAACGGCGCCGUUAUCCACUUUUAUGCACUUUAUAGCUCAAAGUAUUUCAUCUGCUUCUCCUGCCUUUGAUCAUGAUCUUAAACUGAGAUUAUACACCAGAAAUCAGAGAUGAAAACAAUCUGAAUUUUAAUCAACCUAUCAAUAAAACGGCGGUAUUUUUGUUUUAAUAGAACACAAGCUGGUAGAUUGAUCAGAAUUCGAAGCAGGAAUCAAUCAGCAUUUAAUCUUAACGGUAGUUUUUAGGAGUGUAUUGGUGUUAAGUACUUACUGUAGAAUAUUUACUGUAGAAUCACAUCAACGUCGCAGGUAUUUUACUGUGAUUAACGCUGAACUUGUAGAGCUAAAUGUGAAGAACAUAAUCAGAAGUUUUUAAUAACUGUGCUACCUUGAAGCUUAUACUCAAAGCCAGUCAUGUCAAAUCUUCUCAUGUCAGCUUUUAGCUUUAAAAUAGUUAUUUAGAGGUUUUUUUAUUUCCACUACAGGAACUUAACGACCUGGAAGCUGAACUUUUUUAGAAGCAGAAAAGCUUUGGUUUGAGGUUCUGUCUUUUGUUUCCACUGGGUUUAAAAAAACGGGUUGUUUUGGGGUUUACGUCUUUUGAAAAAGGCGAGUUUCAUGUCGCUGUUUGGUCGGAAAAAACAGCUCUACUUUUAGCUUUUCAUGUUUUAUCAUCACAUUUAAGACACAGAACUAAGCUUCCCAUUUUCUGAAAAAUAUAUUUUUGUUUUUUAAAGGUCUAAAAAAGCCUGUUUUUACAGACUCUUUUAACCAUCUGCAUUGCUUCUUAAAUUGCAUCUUUUUUUCCUAAUCCAAACAAACAUGGUAGCUGGAAAACGUUUUGUACAAUAUUCAAAUUGAGAAAACAAAAUCCUGCUCAGCAUCACAAUAUAUAUUUAUCAUACUACGAUUCUCUCUGGACCUUCUUCCAAGAGUAUUUUAAACAAUUUCUACAACAUUGAUCUUAAGUAGAUAGAGCUCACCCAAUAACUGGGAACAUUUAAAACGUUAUUAUUAGUUAAUGUGGUUUGUAUGGAUCUUUGUUUUCAGUGUUUUUUCCGGAUACCUGGAUCAGGAAAAACAGUCGGAAUUUAAAGAAAAUGUUGUUUUUAUGGUGCAACAGAUGAAACAUUUCUUUCAUCCAGGUGGUUGAAAGAGUCUUUUCAGGAAUCUGAAAUAUCUCAACAGCUAUUAAAUGGAUUGUCUUGAAAUACCGUUCAUGUUCCCCAGAGGAUGAACCACAUCUUUGAUGAACCACAAACACUGACUUUAGUGAUCCUCUGACUUUUUGUUGUUUUUUUAAGUUAGGCUAGUUAGCAAAUGUUAGCAUGCUAACAUGCUAAACUGAGAUGGUGACUUCCAUUCACUGGUUGCAAAUAAAACCAAGAUGGCGACGGCCAAACUGAAUGUGAACUGCACCAUGACUACGUCCAUUUCUUAUAUACAGUCUAUGGUAGUGAUGAAUUUCUUUUUCCACAAAUGUCGCCACAAACACCCAGUUUUUAAUACUGAAAAUACAUAAAUAUUGCAAUACUUAUGCGAUGGAUAGCGACUUUUAUUUAUUUAUGAAUGAAAAUCUUCAGGUUGCCCUCUUUAAGUUCCUGUAGUGGAAGAGUUGCUCUACAUCAGAUAUAUUUUAACCUCUAUUUAAAAAGUAUCAUGAACAUAUUUGCGUACUCUUUGCAGUACUUUUUAACCCUGUUAGAGAACAUUCCUCUUUGUGUAUCUGGGCUAUAUGGAACCUCUCGGGUUUGACUGAUGCAGAUGAUGAUGAAACGUUAAAAAGCCAUUUCUCCUACCCGUACAGGUAGACACACGACCGUAGUGAUACUUGACAGAAAAGAAGAAACCUAACCUUAUGCAAUAUAUUUGUGAAUAUUGAUGCUGUAUUUGCGUGUUGUGUUCAUCAAAUCAACCGAUCCGUGUGUGAGAAGUGUUUUAUUUUUGUUGCAGACUUACUGUCGUUCUGUAGUCGGAGUAUAUUUAAGUACACAGAAGUACUUGUGCGAGGCACUCGACUCUUUUCAAAGCCAUUUUUAAUGUGCUGGGUUUUAAAUCAUGUCAGCUGAUGUGUAUAAAUAUAUAAAUGUGUGUUCAGUCUUUCAGAUCACGUCUGCUCUUCUGAUAAUGUUCCAACAUCAGACAGGUUUUACUUUUUAUAUUUCCUGUCUCUUUGUCUCUCUCUCUCCUCUCUCUCUCGCUCGUCUUCAUGUAUAUUUUCUUCCUAGUUUUUCUUGUACUGGUGGUUUUAAGUGAAAUGUUUAAUUAAAGGACAUCAAAA